ACGGUCAAGGAUCAUCACACCAGUCCCAAGUCAACAUGUCGUCCGGACCCCUGUCAAACCCACACCACCAACGCACCAAAGUACCAAAACGAGUUGCUUAGCGAGGCUGACGAUAAGAGUGCGAUAUCCCCUUGUCUGUCGUCUUUCCGAGAGCAGCGUCCGGUCCUGUCCAACAAGCACGACUCGUCACAACAGACAAUCCAAGCGACCUUGUUUCCGCAUGCUCCCUGUCGACAACAACCAACAUGGACUACCUCUUUGGCCGCAAGCCUGCCGUCAAGGUCGUCCCCACAGACCGAGUCCUGCCGCUUCACUUCUUUGAGGACAGUCCACUGGUCCAGGGGAACAACAUGGCCGUCUCACUCGUGUUCGACUCCGUUCUUGACCCGGAGAAGCUGCGGCUAGCUCUAGAGGGUCUGGUCAAGAGACCAGGGUGGGAAAAGCUGGGAGGCCGGCUGAGGACAAAUGGCGCUGGCAAGAUCGAAUGGCACAUCCCAAACGAGUUCACGCGCGAGCGGCCAGCCAUCGGCUUCUCCCACGUAGACCACGGCAUGUCCGCUGCUUCUCACCCUGCGGCCUGCAAGAUCCCGCAGCCCUCUACCCGACCCGCUCGGGUCAGCGACCCGGAUGACCUGGCAGAUCUGGCGUGGGAGCCCGGGUAUCGACCUGGAGGCAUCAAGGACUACCUCACCUCCGAUCGCCCGGUUCUGGGCCUGCGCGUCAACUCCUUCACUGACAAGACGGUUGUCGUGCUGCAGUGGCAGCACGUUGCCUUUGAUGCUCUCGGGAUGCAGUACGUCGUUGAGGGGUGGAGCAACAUGCUCUGGGGCAAGGAAGCAGACAUCCCAACGCCGUGUGAUGCCAAAUCGGAUCCUUUCGACGCCAUCGCAAAGGGUACGCGAACUGCCACGGAGCAGCACGUCUUAGCGGACAGACGGGUCGGACUGGUCGGUAUUCUCAGGUGGGGGUUAGGCUACGGUUUCGACAUGCUCGUCCGAGCCAAGGACAACGGCAUGGUCUGUAUCCCGGAGACGUACUGGCGACCGCAGCUAGAGAAGGCCGUGGAGGAGCUCCGCGCGGAGGCUGUCGGGAGGGGCGAGGAUCCUUCCAAGGUUUUCCUGACGGAAGGCGACAUUCUCACAGCAUGGACCAUGAGUUGUGUUGUGAGGUCGAUGGGUAUGAGCCCUGACAGACUAGUUGCCGGGUCCAUUGCCAUGUCGCUUCGGAAGGCAUUCGAGGGCGAUCUGAUCCCUGCGUCGACUGAGCGGCCUUACGUCGGCAACGCGUUCGGGUGGGCAAACGUGCUCGUCAGUGCCGGCGACGUCUCGUCGAAGCCGCUGAGCUGGCUCGCGCGCCAGGUACGAAAGGCCAUCAACGAGCAGGGCACGCGGGCGCAGCAUGAGGCCUACUACGCCAUGGUGCGCGCAUCGAACACCGGCCUACCCAUCGCCAUCAUCGGGAACGGAGGGAUGGCUCAGAUAGGGUUCUCCAACUGGUCAAAGGCCGGUCUUUUCGACCUGGACUUUGCUCCGGCGCGUAGGCACGCCGGAGAAGGUGACGCGCCAUGCCGCCCUUGCUAUGUCCAGGAGAACCACGGCCCCAUCAAACCCGUGGACGGCUUCUUUGUCCUUGGGAAGGAUGACAAGGGCAAUUACUGGACCUCAGCUUGCAAGGUGAAGGGUCAGUGGGCGGAGCUUCAGAAACAACUCGACAAAGACUUUGAGGUGGCCGUGUGAUGGCUGUUGAGACUACUCUUCCAGCAUCGCGAGAUUAGCUUUCAGUCGGCUUCUUUUGUUGUGAAAUGGGUUGAGAUACCAAUAUUCUCGCCUUCAGAGGAACUUUUCCUGAUAAAAAAGGCUAGAGAUGAGAGUGUGGUUUGUGAAAGGGGAACAUUGCUCUCGUGGCCAGGGUUCACUACCAGCACUCAACUACCCUG